AUGUUCGUUGUACGAAAGCUAACGAAUCCCGCUUUGGCGGCUGAGAUGCUAAGCAGUGAUGUGCCUGCAUCUUCAAAUGCAGAAGUGUCUCCAUCGCACAGUCGUCGUCUUUUGGAAAUGACGCAGAAGACCACUGGAAAGGUGAUCUCGUUCAUUGAAGGCGCCGUUUCAAAGAUGCAGACGACGGAUGGCACUGAAGUCAGUCUCGGCUCUCUGCUCCAGCAGGAUGCCAACGAAUGUUUACGAGUUUGCGGAUCGUGCAUGACGGAUCUAAGUAGAAGAGAGCAGAUGAUGGAACAGCGGAAUCCACCCAUACUAGCUGAACAAUAUGAAACAUUGGAUCGGAUGAUUGCGGAAACUUCUGCCAUGGUACCAAGCUAUACACGCAUGGCUGAUAGUAUCAAUAAUGGUGAAACCAUGUACACGUUAGCAGCUGCAGAACAACUCCGAAGUCGACUUCUCCACAAACAACGCGAAAUUGACGGUCUCAGUAAGAAAAUUGUUGAUGAAGCAGAGAGCGACAAAUGUGGCGUCAAAGAGGCUCAGUUGCGUAAAAAUAUCCGCUUUGCGUGUCUUCAAACGUUGCAGGGGAUGGUAACAUCAAUGGUCUCGCUACCUACUGAGCAACAAUACGAGAAGUUGGUUGAAAACCACAAAAAGGAAGUUGCUAAGCAGAUUGAGGAAUCUCGUAGUUUGCGCUCAGCGAAUGAGAACGUCGGUGUUCGG